AGGCCGCAAAGCAGAUGAAGAAGGCGCAGGAGAAGGCUCAGAGAGACGCGGAGAAGGCGGUGAAGAAGGCAGAGAAGGACGCAGAGAAGCAGAGGGAGCGGGAGGCAAAGGAGGCAAUGAAGGUCGCAGAGAAGGCGAGAAAGGCAGAGGAGAAGGAAAGGAAGAAGGCAGAGGAGAAGGUGGCAAAGGCGGAGGAGAAGGAGGUAAAGCGACGUGAGAAGGCGUUGAGCGCGUAUCACGAGUACGUGGCAUCUUUCGAUGUCGACCGCCCCGUCGCGGUUGAUCCUCUUCGCUCUCGGGUUCUUGCCAACGGUACGCUGGCCACACCAGUGCCACAUCUUUCCCAUCCUGAGUCGCCACCUCGGCAUGCAUCCAUGUCAACAGCAACCGCUGACCGUCGUGAAGCUUCUCUCUCACCUACGAGAGCUCGACGAUAUCCGAAGGCGAGACCUGUGGGGUAUUCAGGACCGGCGUAUCAAGGACAUGAGAGGGGCAUGAUUGACCAGAACGGUGUGGAUGUACAUUCACACAUUUCAGUUGACAGGGAUUUCGUGAACCAGUUCGAUCGCGACAGGUAUCGCUUUUCAGCGUAUGGCGUACAGACAGCACCGGUGCCACAGUUGCUACAUACCCCACGACGUCGUGAUUCACCAUCACGGCCUCAAAGCUCGCGCUAUCACCCCUACGAGCGAAUUUCCGCACGUCUUGUAUCAGAGGAUGAAGGUGACAGCGGAUUGAAUCAUUCCGGAUACAUACUGGCGACUCAUGCCCCUCCUCUAAACGACAACUCGGACACUGAGCUAACACUUCCAAGUUAUUCAAGUACUUCAGACUCUCCGCAGGCUCGUCGAUCUCUCUUCUCAACUCGAGCACCUUCAACCUCCCACGAAACCAACAAAAUCCCCGACGGAAGUAGCGACGCCAAUCAAACCAAGCGCUAAUUCCACACCAUCACCUCUUUCACCCUACCACUUCCUCAUCA